AUGAAUGGUCCGUUGAAUAUUGUGCUUAUUUUGACACGGAGAACAACGAGCCUAAUCAGUCGUGAAAUGGCCGUUUCAUAUGGAGUUCUUGAAGCUGCAGCUCAUGGUUUCAGCACGUCGGCAACUACUGGUGUAACUGAUUAUCCUGAUAUACUCGCUCAAACUGAACAAGGUUGUACAGUUCUCAUUGACGGUAAUACACUCAGGGAACUUUUAAAUUCGUUUGAAUCGCACGACGGGAAGCUUGAUCUUAUUCAAAACGUGAUUCGACAGCUAACAACGUUAAAAGAGCGACUAUCGAGCGAGGAGCUCACUAAGGAGGACAAAGAGGAACAAACGGACGCCUUUAUUAAAGACGAUCGUAGCCAACAGAAAAUGCAAUCGGACAGUUUUGAUGAGAUGCUUCUUCGGCAACAGAUGCUUAUUCAUCAACAAAAUCAACAACGAAUUCUAGCCAUGAUGACACAACCAAAUCUUUCACUGCUUUUUCCAGAGAAUCCAUACAAUGAAAUGACACAGAUAUGCAUUGAUUUCACGACCUUUAUAGGAGCUCAUUAUGAGCAUUUGCUCGGAAAUGGAAUGAUUAAUGCCGGAAUGCCUUCGUUACUACAUCAGAAUCUAACUGCCUCAUUGGCCGCUGCUACACCAAAACCUAAACCGGAAAAAGUUACCGACUGCCCAUUGAACCUUACAAAAGUCAAAAAUGAAGAAAUCAGUAAGCCGAGCCCAGUGAUUCCAACGCUAUCGACAUCGCCGUUGACGCCGUCAAACAUUGUCGGGAGGAUUCCGUUCGGAAUGCCGCAUAACUUCGCUUCCGAUUCAUCGGCAUUCACAAAUCAUUCACCGGCUUCAUCCGGUAAGAGUACCCCCGGAAAUGGUUCACUUCUAUCAUCACUGGAACCUCCAACAAGCGUCCGAACUCAGGCCAAAUCACCCAAUCACAUCAAAAGGCCCAUGAACGCUUUCAUGGUUUGGGCUCGCGAUGAGAGAAGGAAGAUUCUAAAGGCCCAUCCAGACAUGCACAAUAGUAACAUUAGUAAAAUUCUUGGAAAUCGAUGGAAAUCGAUGAGUAAUUCGGAAAAGCAACCGUACUAUGAGGAGCAAUCACGCUUGAGCAAGUUGCAUAUGGAGCAACAUCCCGACUACCGUUACAGGCCCCGACCGAAACGAACAUGCCUGGUGGACGGGAAAAAAGUUCGCAUAAACGAAUACAAGACGAUGAUGAAAAAGAAAGAACCAAACUGGCCUGAAGAUCAAUCGAUAUCUCCGACAUCACAACUGGAUUUUGCGGGUUUGACUGGAGCAGCUUUGUUGGCCGAUUUUGCCCAUCAUCAUCAAUCGCAUAUGUUACAGACGGCUGAGUAA